UAAGUUUUGUGGAUCUUGCUGGAUCAGAAAGGAUAAAAAAAUCUGGUUCUUCAGGUAGUCAGCUCAAGGAAGCUCAAAGUAUCAAUAAAUCACUUUCAGCCCUUGGGGAUGUUAUCAGUGCUUUGUCUUCAGGCAGUCAGCACAUUCCCUAUAGGAAUCACAAGUUAACAAUGUUAAUGAGUGAUUCACUUGGUGGUAAUGCUAAGACUCUAAUGUUUGUGAACACAUCUCCUGCUGAGUCGAAUUUGGACGAGACUUACAAUUCUCUCACAUAUGCAUCAAGGGUCCGGUCUAUUGCAAAUGAUCCUACCAAAAAUGUUUCAUCAAAGGAAGUGGCUCGCAUGAAGAAGCUGGUGGCGUAUUGGAAGGAGCAGGCAGGUAGAAGGGGUGAUGAUGAAGAUUUAGAAGAAAUUGAAGAAGAACGUGUACACCCCAGAGAUAAGACUGAUGGUCGACAUUCUAUGUAG